AUGCAUUCACGUCCAGGUUUACCAUCUACGUGGUGCUUUUCCGUCUGCUUAUCUAUUGCCAACGCAACAUAUCACACCGACAAUUUGUGGUUGUGGGAUAUGUGUUUCAUUUAUGCUGCUCAACCUUUUUCUUAUCCAUCUUCUCCAAGCUUUCAAACGUCCCUUCUUCCAUCCAAGAUACACUCUGCCUUCCAAAUAGAUACUUGCCACCGCUUCCUUCCCACCGUCUCCUCUAAUCGAGGUUUAUUACCCCUUUGUUGUUGUGUGGUCAUGAUCCUUUUUUACCACCGCUUGCCUUCUUUCCUAUAUUUGUUCAUCUCCCUGCUCGGCACUCAUCCAAAACCCACCAGAUCUCCAAACCUGGCUUACCUGUUAAGAUCGACACCACCACCGGAGCACCAUCAGGUAUGGGAUUUCUCCCCACCACCUUCAUUGUUUCGAUGCCGUUUUUCCAUUAGACUCCUUGGAAAUACAUUCAUCUCUCCAAGAGGUCUAAAGUCUAUAUCGAUUUGGGGUCACCACCUCCAAAGGAUUCCGAUUUGUCCCAAACCCCGCCAUUCAGGUUCGAAGGUUAUCAUAUCCUCCGUCGUUUCUCACUCUUCCAGGUAUGGAGGUACACGGAGUUGUAAUAGAGCUGGGUCCUGGAGUAACCACCUGCCAAGUUGGAGAAGUUUAGAUGUUAUUAUGCCUACCAACUGUUUGGCGAAAUGCUUAACUGAAAAAAUCUACCUGGCUGAAGAACUACAAAAUCAGAUGAAAGAAGACUAUGGUACUAAAUCCAAGGUACAAAAGCGACGGAGCCAUGCAUAUCCCAUUUUUGCACAGAAGGGCUAUGAAAAUCCACGAGAAGCGACUGGACGUAUUGUAUGCGCCAAUUGCCAUGUAGCUAAUAAACCAGUGGAUAUUGAGGUUCCGCAAACGGGGCUUUAA